UCAGAGUGGCGGUGCUGAAGAGACACCUCUCCCCCCGCUCGGUGAGCCAGCCAGUCGCUCGGUCGCUCCGCAGCCAGCAGCUGGAUUUCCCCCCCCCCCUCAAAGAUCGUCUGUCAGCGCUCGGCCACGGACCGGAACCCGGGUACAAUCAGCCGCGUGUCCGCGGCCCCUGAAGCCCAUGUGGACAGAUUUCCAACAACUCUCUUUCUCCAGGUCCAGUGGAAACGGUGAUGUUUGAUGGCCGCCCCCUCUCGAGGUUGUUGGAAUCCUCCCAAUCGUAGAUCAAUCAUCAACAGAAAAGCUCUCACCAUGGAAACCCCCUACCUCCAGACUGUGCUCCUUGACCCCCCCUGUAGAGGGUCCAAUUACUGAAGGAGGGAAAGCUAUACUAAGACAAGCUUGACUGUGAAGAUAAAAAACACACACAAAAAAACAUACAAACCAUGUAGUGUACCUCUCUCCAACAAGGGGGGAGGGUCUCAGUUGAGUCUGAUUUCUAUUUUUUAUUUAUUUCUGUUGAUGUAAUCUCUGGAACAGAUCUGCGUGGCAUAUGUGGUUGUGUACAUGCACUGUAAAAAGAAAAAGACGGUUAAUGUCCUGGCAGAAAAUUACCGGUAACUUUUCCGUUAAGUUUACAAACAUUUCUGUAAAUCCAAAAACGGAAAAAGCUGUAGAUCUACAGUCUAUCCUCUGUACAUUUCAAUAGACAUUAAUGUUAACGUAAAACAUAUCUAAAUACGGACUAACCUGUGAAAAAUCCUUCAUAUUAACACGGCAGACAUUAGCCCAUAUUUCUAAGGACUUUCUAACAGCGUAGGCUAGCUUGCAAGGCGAGGUGAGCCUGACAGAGAGGAAGACAAAGAGAGAGCAAAAAGGAUAGAGAUGGUUCUCCACACCUCCCCUUACUCCAGUGCCUGCCUGCACUUCCUGGACGGCUUGUCAUGGAGCCUGGUGUUCCCCUGCUACUGGCUCCUGGACCGGCUCCUGGGCUCCUGCGUGGCCACCUCGCUGGAGAAGCGCCAGCGCUCCCAGGACCCCUGCUCCUUCCUCACCCUGUGUGUGGUGAUCUCAGCGCCCCUUUACCUGCUCCUCCUCCUCGCCUCGCUGCCCUUCGCCCUGCUGGGCUUCGUCAUCUGGGCCCCCCUGCAGGCCGUCCGCCAGCCAUACCUGUUCACCUACCGCAGACCAGACAAAGUGCAGGCCGAGCAGGGCCAGGCUGGCCCGGGGGGUGUCGGCAUCGGGGAGUGGAGGCCGCAGGGCAGGAGCUUCUGUUUCUGCAGUGCCAACGUAUGCCUGCUGCCUGACUCCCUGGCCAGGUUCAACAACCUGUCAAACACCCACCGGAGAGCCCGCGAGGUGGGCAAGAGGAUCCGCAACGGGGCCAGCCGGCCACAGAUUAAAAUCUACAUCGACUCCCCCACCAACACUUCCAUCAGUGCGGCAUCCUUCAGCAGCCUUCCCACAGGGUUCCGCCGUACCUCCUCUCUGGACCAGCGACCGGACCAAACCCACACCACCAACGGCCCAGCCGACCCUGAAGCCGAACCCCUCACCGAGUGCCCUAUUCACCCCUCAGUUGCCACCGACUGCCCUGUUCACCCCCCCGCAGGAGACCAGGGCUCGUCCGAAUGCCCUCUGCACCUCAACGGAGGAGACACGGCAGCAGACUGCCCCCUCCACCCUGCAGGGACUACCAGCAGCUCUGCCCCAGACUGUCCCGUUCACACCUCAGGGGAGGCUCCAAACUGCCCCAUGCACUCCACAGGGGCUCAGAGUGGCCAGGGCCAUCCCGACUGCCCCAUGCAUCGGGACGGGACCCAGACAAAACCAUCGUCAGGCUGCCCACUGUACACCUCAGGGGUUCAGAUCAGCAUCAGCGCCCCGGAACCAGAUCCACAGGAAGAGGAGGCCAGAACAGGGAACCAUAGGUCUGGGGAGGGAGGGGGAGACACGGGCAGCAUGACUGCCUCCAGGGAGUCACUCGCCCGUUACCAUGGCGGUGACACUUACAUGGGGAUAUCCUCCAACAACACUCUCUCACACGUCCCUCGUACGUCCAUCUUCAAACGCCCUGGGCGAAAACGCCGCCACGGAGACGAGACGUUUGACCACGAGAUCUCCGCCUUUUUCCCCGCCAACCUCGAUUUCCUGGCUCUGCAGGAAGUGUUUGACCACGGGUCGACGACUAGACUGCGGCGCCAGUUGCAUCGCUACUUCCCCUACGUGCUGAGCGACGUCGGCCGGUACGGCUGGAAAGGCUGCUGCUCCAGGUUCAAGUUCCUGAACAGUGGCCUGAUGCUGGCCAGCCGCUACCCCAUCCUGGACGCACGCUUUGAGUGCUACCCCAACGGGAGGGGGGAGGACGCUCUGGCAGCAAAGGGGGCGCUGUUUGCCAAGGUUCACGUGGGCACCUCCCAUCAGGACCAAAGGGUUGUGGGAUAUCUCACGUGUACGCACCUCCACGCCAUUGAAGGUGAUGCAUCUGUCCGCUGUGAGCAGCUGGACCUGUUGCUCCAGUGGGGGGCUGAGUUUCGCCAAUCCUCGUCCCAACUAUUUGAAGGAGAGAAGGUGCUGGAAGACCUGGUGGCCUUUGAUGUCAUCCUGGGAGAUCUCAACUUUGAUAACUGCUCUUCAGAGGACAAGCUGGAGCAGCAGCAUGCACUUUUUACUCAAUACAAGGACCCAUGUCGCCUGGGGCCAGGGGAGGACAAACCAUGGGCUCUGGGUACGUUACUGGACCCCAGUGGCCUUUACGACGACGAGGUCAGUUCACCUGAAAGUUUACAAAAAGUGAUGGAGAACGAGGAGGGGAGGAAGGAGUACCUGGUGUUUCCUCCAAGUAAGAGCCAGUGUCCCGCCAGCAGUCAGAAAGGGAGGAAGAUCCCGCUGAAGGGCAACGGACGCCGGAUCGACUACAUGCUCUACAGCGACGAGGGCCUGCAGCCGGACUGGAAACUGGACAUCGAGGAGUUCAGCUUCGUCACCCAGCUGGCCGGCCUCACCGACCACCUGUCUGUGGCCAUGCGAUUGGCUGUUUCCACCGGGGAAGAGGAGACUUAGAUCGACCACCUGAGCUUAUUAUUAUUAAUUCCUUUUUAAAUACUGCCAUGGAGGCGUGACAGAUGACCAGGAAGAGAGAAGAGGAGAUUAAGAGUUUGCAGAAACGGAUCGGCUUGAGAAAGACUAUAAAGGCAUUGAAGGGAGAAUGAAAUCGACAGAUGAAUCACUUGGAGGAGCACUCAGGGGAUGAAUGGAUUUAAAGAAGGUGGAGGAGAGCACAGCAGAGGAGUGAUAUGAAAGAGAAAGACUCUGGAGGGGAGAGAUAAGCAGGGCAGUGCAGUUUAGAAAGCCAGAAAGAUAUUCAUCUUCCUGGGUAAACCCUCCACACACACACAAACACACCCACUAAACACACCACCCUAAACACACAAACACAACGGAUCGACAUUUUUAGACUGUUGAAUAUCUCUUCUUCGUUGAACUGAAGGUUUUUUAUUUUUCAGUGAAUUGUUUUCAUGUAGCCAAUUUACACACACUUCUUUCAUUGGAUCUGUUUUAGCCGUAGAGUAACUAUGCGUAUUUUUAAUGAUUCUACCUUCAGGGACAGUCGGAUCUUCUUUAGUGACAGUGUGUAAUUGAAGUGACAAGCGUACAGCUACUGACUGGCCUUUCCACUGACCUGUGUCCUCGUGUCGUGCUCCGUCCUGAAUGGCCACUUAUGGUCACCUUACUACUCCCACGUCAGUCCCAGGAACCUCAACAAGUGUCUUUUUUUCUAAAAAAAAAAACCUAAAAACAAAACUAGUCUUUCUAAAAGAAGAAUUUUUAUAGGGAGUUUAAAUGCUUGUUUAUUACUAUAUGGUAUGUUUCUAAAAAAAAAAAAAAGAAGAAGCAGAAAAAAAGAGGUAUUGUAUAAAGGGACUUGGUUUUGGAGAACGUGUUUCGUCCGAUGCAUUGAAAUGCUUAUAGCAUGUUUUUCCACCGUGACUGGUUGAAAAUUAGACCGGACAUUUCUGGUGUAAUCAUGGGAACUGAGACUUUGCGGAUGCAUGAUGGGAAACGGUGUCAGUUUACAACAUGAAUUUAGCGUCUUGAUACACUUGCUUGCUUGAUUCUGGCUGCUUGAUGAGUCCAGGAGCAUUUUUGCCCUGUAACACACACUUACUGUAUACCAGUGUGACAUUUGUGCAUGUGAGACUCUGAUGACACUGAACACAUGCACGUGAGGGUGUGCACAGAAACAUACUGAAGAUUUACAUAAAGCAGGCAUAACACAUCAUGUACAGGGGGAUUUCAGGUGAUGUAACAUACCCUCUGGCAGCCAUAUUGGAGUUCUCCGAAUGACAACAUGUGACUUGAGUAGGUAUUGUCAGCGUGUUAGCUAACAAACCAAUGUAGCUAUCUGGUUAGCAAGCCAUCGGCAUCUUGUGACCACAUCUGAUUUUUGCUCUAGCUAACACACAAUAUACAGCCCACUUUCUGGUUAGAGCACAGCCAGUUGCCCCAUGGAUCACCCUGACGACAGCCAUAUUGUGAUGCAACUGCAAAACCUCAGAUUACAGAACCAUUUGAAGACCGGCAUGCUGCACACACCCUGGACAAUAUGCCAAGUAUACGUAAACACAUUUCAUAAUGUACUAAAAGUCCCAAAGAUUAAGACAGCCCACCUACAAAUAAUGCACAAUUCAAGUAGUGCAAAUGCUAAUGAAUCCACACAGCAUACCAGGUACAUGAAUACACGAAGCAGUGUAAUACUACAAUGCAACACGACUCAAGAGGUGUUCACAUUGAAAACAAAACAAACUUUAGAGGCGGUGUGAUUUCAUUUAAAGCGAUAGGCACAAAACAUGACACCAGACGCAACCGCCCGAGUUAGAUAUGUUUCAACUUAAGGGACUUUCCCCAGUGUGGGACAAAUAAAGUCUGUCUUAUCUUAUUCCACUCACAACCUGUACCAGACACGUUAUUAUGGAUCGUCUUGGCAAGUGCCGCUCAAUGAAGCAGCUCGAUUGGUUGGGGUUAGGCACUGACCUCGAGUAGUUAAGGUCAGGUUGUGUAAGCAUGGACAAAGUUGCGUUGGUUCCAUAAUAACUUGUUCCAGACCCACACAGACCAUGGUGUCAAACAGGAACUGGAACUUUGUAAAGAGCAGUGUUUAAUGAGUAACUGUUGAAAGGCAUGUAGAGACUAAAACUGUCCUUGUGUCUCCUGGAGACCUGAAUGCCAUGGUGCUGCCUUUGAACUAUACCAUGUUGAGUGAUAGGCCACUACCAUUGCCUCAAACUUUAAAAAAUAACAUGGAAGCAGGUCUCAGCAGCAGGACUUAAGGCAAGUUAGCUAACAUUAGCCACCAAGAGCUACUAGUCAUACCCAUAGACUGUAGAAAAGAAUGGACGUAGCGUCCGUGACACCACCCAUUGGUUUGUGGACUGCUGUUUUACGCCCUAGAGUUUUGCAAAAUGGCCGUUGCCAUCUUGGUAUUUUAAAACCAGAUAUGAGCUGGGGAGGAGGAUAUGGCCAAGCCAGUCUUGUUUGCAAUGGCAAUAGCUAAAUGCUAAAGAGGGAAAGUUGCUAAUCUUCAUCCCUUCUGCAGCAUGUCAUCCAGUAGUAAAUAUAGACCUCAAGUUAGCAGCUAACACUAAAGCUAGCUGGCUAGCUUGGUUCACAUAACGCUGAACAAGACGUUUUUUUGAUGACCAAAAUGUUCCAAUUAAUGUGAAAAAUAGUUUACUGCUAUAUUAAUGUACACAGGGCAAUGGUUAGCAUUACUAAGCCUCUGUGCUAAAUGACAGGUCGGCGUGAAUCCCCUGCUUUACCACCACUUAUUGAAAUCAACGGGACCAUUUUAUGAAAUGAACAUAAUGCUAUAUUAAGAAGACUUGAAAAUAGAGAUUGAGACUAUAAACUCAUUAUGAAAAUGUUUACAAUGGUGAUAAAUCAAGAAAGAAAAAAGGUCAUUUUUCCACAGACUUCUACAGAAACUGACUUUUGGAGAUUGGAUAGAAUGCAGGUUUAAAGCACUUUUGCUUUGGCUUCACUUUUCAGAUCUGGAAGCUCCGUCCAAUAUUUUUACAGUCUAUGGUCAGACCAGACCAAGUAAGGCUGCUGCAGCACAAACCUCCGAGUCAAUUGAACUGAGCAAGGGUGGGUUUUAUUCACUAGGAAUUGUAAUUCCAAUUUGUAACAGUAAAUGUAUCAUUUCUUUUUUUGAAAUGUGCAUAUCCUUUAAAAGAUGAGUUGGCGUUAGCAAUGGUGCCUCCCUUUCACUGAUCACUAUGUGCGCUAACGUGUUAGCAGGAAUCUCCAGAUCAAUGAUCUGCCGUUCUGGGAACACAUGGAUCCUGUUUGGGUCCCUGUCAUCAGUCAACACGGGACAACUACCAAACUGUGCGGCAUAUUUUUCUUAGUGGUGUGUGUGGAAAAUCACUAAUGUCGAAGCCUAUUUCUCUGAAUAAAACAUGCGUUACAGUAACAGUUGAGGUUGUCAGAUACUGUUUGAUUUCCAUGGUCUGCACGCUGAACAAUGUUUACAACAGUUUUUUGGCAGAAGUGUUAAUUUUUAACAUAAAUGUGUACGUUUGUUCGGGCAGCUCAUCGAGUUAUAUUCUUUCGAUACAAAUGUGCUAACUGACGUUUGAAUGAAACGUGCGUGCGUGCGUGUUGUUCUGUUAUGUAUGUUCAACUGUCAUUUUUACAUGCAGUAUGAGUCCACAGGUCACCUGGCUGCUCUGACACAUUUUUUGUCUCUUUAUGACUCAUUAUGAUUAUGACUAAUAUAUCCUUCAUAUUACUAAGAUUUGUAUCUGUGCAUUUUUUCAAUUCAACCUUCUUUUUUUUUAGGUUGAAUCCUGUCAUCUCCUUAGGUGAACUUCAAAUGAGAUCAAACCCUCACUACUGACUUGGUAAAUAGUCAUGUAAAUACACUAUAGGUCUAUUAUAGUUCAAGUUUUAGAGAAUCUGCUCUAUGGGGAAAUAAGUUAUGGUUUGGGUGGGAGCAAAGUGGUAGCCGAUGUAGAGAUUUAUUAAUAAGCUUUAGUUUUUUUAAUCGUCUGAUUUUAUUAACACCCCAGUACCGUUGAACAUUUCAUCUUCCAACACGGAGAGCUCCACAGCGUCCAAACCACGGGACGGACGGUGUGUAGCGCAACACCGUCAGGAGGAUUCUACACUUUUGUGUUGUUUUUUAAAAGUUGCAAUGUGGAGGUAAUUCAUUUUAUAAUUUAGAGUUCAUUUCUUUUGCUAAUUGUUCUGUGUUUGUAUUUUUGCAUAUUUUUAACAACAACUGAAGAAAGUGGUGGGCAAAGAAGCUGAUUGGUUGAUUAAAGAUGAAGGUGUAAAGGCAAA